CUGCCCAUAGAAUUAGAAAGAUGGAUUCAGAUGAAGUAAAUCAGCGUGGGGAUUUCAGUCAUGAUGAACGUGCAGUAUAUGUCAUGUCUCCGAGAACUUUUGCAAUGACCAUUAAGAAUUCCAUGAAGCCGAGUGUGGAACAAAGCAAGGGAGCUAAAGACAAGGGCAAGAAGAGAAUGGCGGAACAGAAUCCACCUGUGGAUCAUGGCAAAGAGAAAAGAUUGACUGUGGGGUCUCAAUUCUUGAGUUCUGGUAAGAUCCGCCUGGAUGUGGAUCCACCUAUGGCGCCGUUUUUCAACAAGUUCAUGGAGGUGAUAAAGGGCCCAAUAGCAGUAGAAUCCGGGUGCAAACACUUGACAAUUAAAGAACUGAUGGAAGAAUCAGUUAAACAAUCAAUGCAGGCUUCAUUUCGUCAGUUCCACAGUCUCCAGGAGAUCAUCAGGCAAGUUGAGGAAAAAGAUGACAUAGUGGCUAAGAUGAAAAAAGAUUGUCAGGAUGCAGUGGCUAAGCUGGAGGACUUGGAGGUCCACCUUGCAAACGAGAGUGCCCGAACUGAAAGGAAGAGGAAGAUGGUUCGUCUCCUCCAAGAAGACCUGGUCAAAACAGAAGAGGUGCUUGCACAGGCGAAAGAGAAAAUCACGAAGCUGAGCUUGGAGCUUGACCUUGCUCGGUGGUCUGCAGAUGAGAGAGUGGAAGCUGCAGUUGAAAACUUUAAGGGUUCUGAUGAGUUCAUUCGACUGAUAAUGGAGGCUAAGACCAGUGGAAUCAGUCAGUGCAUGGAAGCCGUAAAGAAGGUGGACCAUGAUUUUGACCAGAUGGCUCUUCAUGCUAUUCUUGAGGAGAUGGAUUCUUAUGAAAGCAAGCGCGAGACCAGUGAUCAAUCAGUGCGGCACAGUCCAUUUCCGAUGUCAAAUCAUGAGGAUUAUCACAGUCCAUUUCUGAUGUCAAAUCAUAAGGGUUUUUCUGAAAGCAAGCAUGAGGAUGAGGAUCAGUCAGUGGAGCACCAUCCAGAUAAAGAGGAGGGGGACCAAUAUGAUGAUUGGGGGCGCGAGAGCAAUGGUGAAUCCAAGAAGCGCAGUCCAUUUCUGAUGUCAAAUUAUGAGGAUUCUCGCAGUCCAUCUCCCAUGUCAAAUCAUGAGGAUUUUUCUGAAAGCAAUCGUGAGGAUGAGGAUCAGUCAGUUGAGCAUCAUCCAGAUGUAGAUGAGGGAGAGGAUUCUGAUGGAUGGGAGCGCGAGAGCAACGGUAAAUCCAAGCAGCUCAGUCCAGAUCACAUUUCAAACCAUGUGGAAUCUUGUGAAAGCAAGCACAUGGGCAACUGUACAUAG